AUGACGUCCAGUUCUCGACCUCUGUUGGCCUCCAGCUAUACGUUAAUAGAGAAAAGAGGAGAGAGGCUGGAUGCAGUCAGAAAGGAAUUGAACUUGGUUAUCAAUGCUUUGCCAACCCAGAUACAUCCGACAGCACGAUCAUUGUAUCUGGAAGCUAUAUUGGACGAUCUGAGUGAUAGAGAUGAUGCUGCCUGGACUAUAUGGUCACAGGACGUAUAUAUACUAGCUUUGACAGCUAUAAAAUCUCUUGGACGUAAUCCCGUAGGAUCCGAGACGCUCUUAUCCAAUGACAACUUCCCAAUCCUCCUUCAUCAUUCUGGUUUACCAUUUUCAUCUACUUUUUCCCAUGUACGGCCCUCGCCCCUACCUUUCUCAUCCCCAGCUAGAGAAACCCUCAAAGUCCUUGCCAAUCUUCUGGUACUACACGAAGAAGGAAGGAACGUUAUGGCUUCAUCAGGAGGGGCAAAAGCAAUCGCCAGAGCAUUAGCCGGUAAAGAUGUCGACGGAGAGGAAGUGGUGUAUGAAAAGGAAGAAGAUCAUUUGGAGAGGCUAUUUUUAUUGGGCAGAUUAGGAUUUCUGGUGACGAUCGAAAGACCAAGAGCGGUAGGUGUCAUGGUGGAUACAGAGGAUAUCGUCGAAUCUCUCGUCGGGCAUUUCACCAAUCUUCAGUCGACUCCGGCCAAUCAUAUGGCUUUGGGAGAAUUACUGAAAAUGACGAACAAUAUCAUCCGUUUCUACCCUUACACGAAUAAGAGUAUAGGCAACUCAUCAGCAGAAAUUGAACAGUGGAGUGAAGUAUUCGAUCCGCUGCUUUACCCAAUACUUUGUCAUUUUUACAAUAUCCCAUUCAUAGAUCUUUCACCUCCCUUAUCGCACGCCAUCCAUGUCCUUCUCUCUAUUCCAUUUAUUACUCGUCUUUUACCUACUUGGCAUUCAGUACCUUCUUCGCCUCCCUCACCACUAAUAUCUAACGCUUCACCUACAUCAUCGAUGAAAAAUCUAUUGUCCAAGCUAUCCAAUAUGUCAACCAGUCAGAACCACAACAAGAAAUCUUCUUCAUCUGCUUCGACAACAGGAGAAUCGCUCAUACCGCCCAAUCACCGUAAAACACCUUCACCAUCAUCUUCCAGAAGAAGCAGCGGAUCUACAACUUCGAAAAGACCUACUGUACCUUCUCCUAGUACUUCGGACCCUUCAGCGUUGCCCACGAGGUUACUCAGGACAUUAGACCAUUUUUUCGAUACCUACUUGCCAUGGCCUAAGAAGCCUGAUGAUACCAUUCCGCAGGGUCUGGUACCGGACGAAAUGCUGCCUCCGCUAUUGUUGCUCUUAAAUAGAGCAGCAGCGGGUAGUGAGCCCAUUAGGGUAUACCUGAAGGAAACGCUAUUGCCUUCUACUAUAGAUCGAUCACCUGAAGGCGGACCAUUGGAAAGUAGGAAAGGUACAUUAGGGAACAUACUGAGACUCAUGGGGUGUGCGGGACAUACACAGUGUAAGAAUACUGCUGGGGAAAUGAUGUGGGCUAUAUGUAAAGGUGAUGCCUCAGAUCUGUGUGUCGAAAUAGGAUACGGUAAUGCGGCUGGACUAUUAUUCCAGAAAGGAUUAUCCGGACCACCUCCAGCGAAGAUCGAGGAAAUACCAAAUUCCAAAGUCCCGGCUCAAACCGACGAUGAAUCGCAAUCACAACCUCUAAAAUCGUCUACUGCAAUUAAUAUUCAGCCUGCUACCCCUACAAUACCGGAACAUCACACUAUAACAUCUUCUUCCAUCUCGGAACGUAAUCCUAUAACUUCCUUGUCGAAUGACAAUUCAAGCAAUAAGGAAGUAGAUGAAAUGACAGAAGAAGAGAAGGAACGUGAGGCUGAGAGGUUAUUCGUUUUAUUUGAUAGAUUGGAGAAAAACCCUGUUAUAUCCAUGAAUAAGCCUGAGGAACAAGGUGGUGGGAAAAUUAGUAUGGUGGAUAUGAUGAGAGAGAAAUUGAAUUCUGGACAGCUCGAAGGAUCAAACGAUGAUGACGAUGUACAGAGACGGAGGGAGGAGGAACAGGAUAAGAAGGAUGAAGAGGAGGCGAAGAAGGAGAUUGAAGAAUAUAAGAAGAGGUUGGGUAGGAACUGA